UAAUUGCUGUAAACUAUUUGAGUCAAACUGCAUUUGUAAUGUGGAGAUGACUAGAUAAGUUUUAAAUAAGUUUUUUUUAGUUAUUAGGAGUGAUCUGGAAGUGAACCUGGAAUUCCUCAAAGAUCACUGACUGAUUUAUGUUACUGUAGUUCUGGAACGUAUUCAAAUUCUAAAGCCACUUCAGGAAUUUUAUAUGAAGCAUGUCUUUUGGGAAUGGAUGGAGGAUUUUGAGUCUUCUAUGCCUAGCAUUGCCCUUUUGCUAGGGUAAGCUGGGUACUAGUCACUGAGCAGUACAGCGACUACUCUUCUGAUCUGACGUGCCCUAAGAAGUUGUGGGAUGAACAAGGGAGGUAUAAAAGUGCCUGUCUGGGCUAUGCAGAGAUGCUGCUUAUGUUACUUUAUUUAUAUAUCCAAGUGUUGGCUACAGAAUUUGGAUUGAGUCAGGUGAAGUGUAAAUUUAAAAGCAAAAUCAUAGCAGAAUAUGAAAGUAAAUAUGCAUUUAGCUUUUUAUGACUAUCCAGUUCUAGUUUGCAGUUCUGUUUACAUAUUUGUUAUAUGAUCAACCAAGUGCUGUGGUCAUUCAGCUACCAAAAAUAACUGCAAUAUAGAGUUGAAAGUAAUUAGAAGGUUGCAGAACUACACAAUAUCAAUCCACGUCUGUUUGGCCACCUACCAGACUAUACCAAGCCUGUCGAGUCUUGCAGGGAUGAACCCAGAGCUUGAAACGAUUCUGGGUAUCAUUAGAGAACUUACUGGUCACAGUAGCAGUAUUGGCUUUUUGUAUUUGUUUGAAAUAUUGGCCUUACUAGUAUUUUUCCACUGUGUCUCAGAGAAACAUUUUUUGUUAGUAGCAAAUACUAGGAGGAGGAGGAGAGGAAAAGAUAUGAGCUGCUUCUAUUUUUAAAUGUAUCUAAAAUAUCAGAUUUCUGCUGGCCAGCCUUUGUUUUGCCAUUUCUUAUGUAACAGAAACUGUGGAGAAGAGGAACUCUGUUAAGUGGAAGUCUUGCAAUCCUUUUCAACAGAUCCUCCAGCAACUUCAAAAGUUGCAUAUAUUAUUGAUAAGUCACAAUUGUUAUGAUUGGUUUCAAAUGACUUAUGAGAAAAAUUUUGAUGGCGACUUUCUUUAGGGAAUUACAGCAUCUUGUAUUUACAGUUAUGUCUUACUGUUAAAAAUAUUACAUAUGGAUGCCUCAUUAGGUCACCAGAGAUGCUCUUUAAUGUGUUCUGGUUUUGUUCUAGGAAUAGUCACAUAGAUCAUCAGCAUCAGGAGUGUGUGAACCUGAAACAUCAGAUGGAGUGGAAUAUCCAUGAACUGGAAGGAGAUCUUGCUUGUUAGAAAGGGGGCUUAACAAGAAAAUGAGAUCAUGUGGAAAAGUAUUUGGGAACAACAGACCAGAAGGACUUCUUUCAUAGCCAGCCUGGAAAGUGACAGCUGCCAGUUGAAGAAGACGACUGGAAACUAAAGAAUUUCUGCAUUUUGUAUGACUGGAAAUACUAGUUUACAGUAUGCAUUUGGCUCAUGAAAAAGUAUAAACAAAUGUCUCUGGUAGCUGAGCAAGAAUGGAUACUGGAGCAGAAUAAAAUGCAGGCAGAACUGGACUGGCAGCACCUCUGCGAGAAUGCAGAAAGUAAUUGGUAUCAGAAAUCAGAGGAUCUAACACAAAGCCUGUCUUCAGCAAGAGAGCAGAUAUUUCAGUAUGAUGAUAAAACUUCUCUAAGCAAAAAUAUUCCUACCUUGGAAAUAAAAAGGCUUCAGGAGCAGAAUGCCAGUCUUCGGGCUGCUGUUGCACAAAUGAGGAAAGAAAUGGAGAGUCUUGAUAAGCAGAUGUCCUCUCUUCCUUUGACAGAAAAUGGACAGCUUGCAGAGCAAGGUUUAUUGUGCACAAACAGAAUUUCAACUGGAACCACUUUGAGCAAUACCCAAGUCAGCUCAGUUAACUUGGAUUGUAUGGUAAACCCAGGUGCAGAAAAGGGGCCAAAAGCCGAAGUUAUUGAACAAAAGAUGGUAGAUCUUGAGCUACAGUUUCCUGACAUAGGUCCUGGUGUCGGUCUUUGGUAUGGUGUCAGCGGCACUCUACAAGGAGUGCAAAAUAAACUGCAGGAAGCAGCAAGACAAAUUUCUAUUCUGAGUGAGGAGAAGCAGCAGCUGAUUGAAAUAGGAAAUGGACUCAGGGCAGAACUCAGAACAGUAUUAAAGGAAGGACUUUUGCAUCCUGUUAGCUCUAAGUGCUGCACAGUUUGUGUUGUAUCUGGUAGCCUUUUUCCAAGAGAGCUUGUCAAAAGAAUACAGUGUCAGCUAUCAGCUUUAAAGCAUCUACAGCACAGGCUUACAACACAGGAGCUGCAGUAUGCAAAGCAACAGCAUCCCUCAAGGAUAUCUUCUCUAAUUGUCUGCUCUCGCUUAAAGGAUGAAGAAGCUCCAAGCGGAUGUGGGGAAAAGAUGAUAUUACCAUCCACUGAGGUUCAACUAGAUUUGUCCAUUGAAAAUCAUGGGCCAAAGCAACAAAAGGCAGAUACAUUCUUAAAGAUUGUUCAAAGUCAGCCACCCAGGCAGAGUCCUAGUCAAGCCCUGCAGGUCCAGCUUUCUUCAUCUAGAGCACAUAAUUUCUGUCAAGGAGUGGAGCUUGAAGUUACACAUUCUGAUGAAUCUCAGCAAAAUAUCAAAGCCAAGGAUAAACUUGAAAUGCCAGCUGCAGAUUUGACAAUCAGAGGAACCAGGCUGGAAGCUCAGCAGAAGCUAAAAUCCAGGAAUUUUUCUUAUGCUUAUCCCGUAAAACCAAAAAUCUCUUCUAAGGUGGCAAAAAUCCGCAACUAUAAUAUUAAAGACUGAUUUCUUUGUUGUCAGCAAGUUCUGGAUCCACACUUGCUAUUAACUUACUUUGAAAUCUGUAAAUCAAAUCUAAAUAUCAGCUUCAAUUCUUUAUGUUGAGUUGGGAUGUUUGCAGCCAGAAGAUAGAACAAAUACCAUGUUUCGUACUGUGAACAAAAAGGGUUAAUCUGUGUAUAUUACUUGUUAAUACAGAUUUACUUUAAUUAUAUGUGUUAAAUGAUGCUUGCAUCAUGGAUUUAGAAAUGCCCAGUUAAUACAUAUGUAAAGCCUUGUGCUUCUGAGCAGGGCUUGCAGGUCUUUAGCAAAUAUUUUGUUGAGAAACUAUAGAUGUGAUUUAAGCUUAGAAGUGGGAUGCUUCAACCUACUAGUUUUCUUAUAAUUAACAAUGCAACCGUUAAUCCUGUGCAGCUAUCUCUACUUGAAAGAAGGGGAGGUUAAAAAGAUGGCACCUGAAUCUAUAUUUUCUCUCAUCUUCUGCAGCUUUUUCCAUUUAUUUAGAUAGCAUGAAAGAGUACAAAAUUAAACUUAUAUUGUUAUACCAGUAAUUAUAUUCUCAUUUAACAAGAGAUUGUCUAGAGUUUAAAGUAGUGAAAAACAUGUUCAUUAGCAACACUUAGAAUCAUAUAGAAGCAUUGUAAGAUGUAAGUCUUACAACAGAUGAAACUAAAAGAAAACUUGGAUGAGUUGAGGUAAUGAGGGUUAUCUAUAUAAACAUGCCAGGACAUUGAAACAAGUAACUGGUGUAUUUUUGUAACAUUUCCAGUAAUAUUGAGCUGUCUUGGGUUAUUAUACUGAACUGUGAUAUUACACUAUACUGUGAUAUUACACUUGGGAUAUUACACAUGAACUUUACUAAAAGUAAAGGAAAUACAUGUUAAAAAUGCAAGAAAAAACUUAUUUACUGUGAAGAUGGUCAAGCACUGGAACAGAUGCCCAGAGAGGUUAUGGAUUCUCCAUCUCUUGGUCCAUCUGUGGACCAAAUAGACACAGUCCUGGACAGCCUAUUCCCGCUGACCCUCUUUUGCUGAGGGAUUGGACUAGGUGACCUCAAGAGGUCCAACUAAGUGAUUUUGUGAUUCUGUGAGUGGUAUCACUGAUGUGAAUAAUAUUUCUCAGUUGCUGCUAAAAACAUAUAAAAUCCAAACAAGAUUAAUGAAGAGAGCUACUUACCCAUAAGCGGGUUGGGUUUUUUUUCCCUGUCACACUUUUCCUUUUAGAAAUGCUUUCCUGGUUCUUUUCGUAAACAGCUGCUCUUUUUGGCAUCUGGCAAAGUGGUAGUAAUUAUUUUGAGAAUUUUAAUAAUUGUUUUUCUGCUCCCUGCUGAAAAUGUUUUGUUUUAGUGCAAAGGUGCUAUAUGAUAAUCAGAUGCUAAAUCUACAGUGAAUUUCAUUGAGACGUUACCAAGCAAAUAUGACGCCUGAGAGACCUUGUGAGCUUCUUUCUAAAUCAUUUAAUUACUUGAAAAUCGUGUCGCUGGAUUCAACAUUUAACAUUGUUCAGAAGCCGGAACAACAUGAUGCAUUCCCUUGAACCAGUCCCUGAAUGAGCUCUUUCUGUAGCUCAAAGCAUAGUGGUUUCUAACAAGUGCAGGAAUUUUGGCCCAGAUCACACCAGUUACAGCUCUCUCUGGUUAUUCUGGAACACAAUGUGUCAAUUCCAAAGUUUUGAAUAGCUGUAGAUAAUCCUGAUUUUUUUUUUCAAUAAUUUCCAAUUUAUUUUCCAAUGCCAUGUUCAAUAUUCAAGUGUGGAGAUACACAAUAUUUCAGUGCUAAUAGAGUCUGUGCAUUUACAGGUGUUAAAAGCAGUAUGCCCUUAGAAAAUAAA